UUUAGAGUUUUUAUUGAAUUUUGGACUGCCGUAUUUCACUCUCAUAUGGAGGGAAAAGACGAGGAUACGGGCUCGUUUGAGAUCAUUCCUGAGGAGGGACCUUCAGCGCCCCCUGCAGGCUGGCUGGACUCUGUAACGGGUUAUGAGGACAGUAAGGGAGGAGAUUGCACGGAUCAGAUCUGUCCUCCUCCUCCUCCUGACUUUGUGCCCCACCCUGAGAAUGACAGGAACGCCUCUGUCCCUGAUGUGAUGGUGCCUCAGGUGUCUGAAGAUGUGGCCCGAGAGGCUUUGCUCAAAUUUGUGGGAAAAAAGUGGACGUACAGCAGUAAACCAGCACAGAACCUGGUCUUCAAGGAUUUAAGACCUUAUACAGUGUAUCGUUAUCGCUUGGAAACAUUUACCGAGUCCAGAUUCAGUGCUUGGGAGUGUGAGACAUUUACAGGUCAGUUUGUGGACAGGCCGCAGAACGGCAGGAUCCCUCCUCCGUGGGAGGUGCAAGUGCAGUACCCACCCAAAUUCAUGGACACAGUCCAGAAAGUGCGUGUGCCUCACACCUCCUUUUUAAAGCCAUGUCAUUCAUGCAAUGGGAGAGGACGUGUACGCUGUUCGCACUGCUUCGGCAGGGGAUGGGCGAGUUGUAUGUCAUGUCAUGGUGCUGUACAUGGCCGGAACAGGAGAUGUGUUGGUUGUCAUGGAAGAGGACGGAGAGUGUGUUCGUGGUGCCAUGGCAGCGGCCAUAAAACGUGUGGCAAAUGUAACGGCCAUAGAAAACUGGUGCAUUUCAUCCAGCUUACAGUCACAUGGAAGAACCAGGUGUAUGAAUUUAUACCUGACCACCUGCCCGAGUUCCCCAUAAAGAAGUUUAGUAAGGUUUCUGGGGAAGCAUUCUUCAUCGACGAAAAUCUAUUGGUGUAUCCUAUAGUGGGCUUCCCUGAGCAGGAGAUUUGUACCGCCUCGAAAGAAGCCAUCAAUGAGCACCUAAACAAAUACUCCUCUGUCAGUCGAAUUCUGCAGCAGCGCCAGUCAGUGGAACUGGUUCCUCUCACUCAGGCCUUCUACUCUUACAACGGAAAAGACUACGACUAUUUUGUUUAUGGAACUGAAAAAAAGGUUCACACCACUAAAUAUCCGACCUCAUGUGUAAUCCUGUAACAUCCAAUACCCUCAUCAGUACUGUUUCAUUAUUUACGUUCUUAUAGCAAAUACAGGCUGUUGAGCAGCGGUUAGCAUUUAAAACAGUGUACUACAGAGAUUGUUACAGGACUGAAAUCAUAAUUAAGCCAAAAAUCCAUUGUAUUUUUUUCAUUCAAUUUAUGUUUAUGAUGUUUAUGUCUGUUUUUAUUGACAGUCGUGUGUUGUAGAGUUGCAGAAACAAUUUCAGAGAGUCUGAGACAGAUAUGUAAACAUUUGCCUAGUAUCAAAAGCUUAAUGUAUUUUAACAUCUGAGAAAUUCAUAUUUUACAUGAUGAAAGUGCUUGCAGGGGAAAGUUAUGUAUGUUUAGAUCUUUUAAAUGUAUAAAGUUUACUUAUUUUUAAACCACUAUUUUGUAUUUUAAUAAUGAAAAAUAAUGUUUGAUAUUCUGUCAGUAUUU